UGUGUGGGUGUGUGGGUGCAUAUACAUGAAUCAAUAUACAUUUCUCUCUGUCUACGGAUUUAUAUUGUUUACAUCAAGGUUUUGUAAAUGUCAGAUCUUGUAGUAUUUCUGACUUCUGUCGGUUUGUCCAGUGUCAGAGGUCGUUUUUCGAGGUCUGUUUACGUGCGACCCACUCAAAGCCUUAUUUUUCCCUACCCGUAUUCCGACAAGCCCCGCCCCCUGCGGUGGGAUUGGCUAGCAGUUCAAAGUCACAAGCCGAUUGGACUGCUGAGACGUCGUUCACGUCACCACGGCAACCGCAGAAACAGCAAAGGGCGGGGCCUGUCGGAAUGCGGGUGGGAAAAAAAAUAAGAGCUACUGAGGAGCGUGACGUCACUGAUGCGGCGCAGCACUGUGGCUCUGUGGUUGCAGACUGAGCAGAGAGGCUGAAGAUGGGAAACGUCCAACCCACAGUCGUUCCUUAUGAAGAUUUUGAUGUGGUGGCAGAUAUCAAAGCCAUUCGCAAAGCCUGCAAAGGCAUGGGCACAGAUGAGGAGGCUAUCAUCUCCAUCUUAGCGAACCGUUCUGCAGCGCAGCGGGUGGAGAUUAAGCAAGCGUAUUUCGAGAAAUAUGAUGACGAGCUGGAGGAGGUGCUGAAGAGCGAGCUGACGGGAAACUUCGAGAACGCCAUUAUAGCCAUGGUGGACCCGGCUCACAUCUACAUUGCUAAAGAACUGAGGAAGGCCAUGAAGGGGGCGGGGACUGACGAGGACGUCCUGGUGGAGAUUCUGUGCACCUGCACCAAUCAGGACAUUCUGAAUGUUAAAGAGGCGUAUGCCCAGGUUCAUGAGCGUGAUCUGGAAGCUGAUAUAGAGGACGACACCAGCGGAGACGUCAGGAACCUGUUGGUUUCGCUCCUGCAGGCCAGCAGGGACGAGAGUUACGAGGUGGACGAAGGACUGGCUGAGCAGGAUGCCACGUCACUGUUUGAGGCCGGAGAAGGUCGUUUUGGCACGGAUGAAUCCACCUUCACCUACAUCCUCACCCACAGAAACUACCUGCAGCUUCAGGCCACCUUUAAAAUCUACGAAUCGCUCUCCGGAACAGAUAUCCUUGAUGCCAUCGACACUGAGGCCACCGGGACGUUAAAGGACUGUUACAUUACUCUGGUUCGUUGCGCUAAAAACCCGCAGCUGUACUUUGCCCGUCGGCUCAACGCAGCAAUGAAGGGGGCAGGGACGGACGAGGACACUCUCAUCCGGAUCAUUGUGGGACGCUCUGAGGUGGAUUUGGAGACCAUAAAGGACAUGUAUCUGGAGAAAUAUGACAUGACCCUGAAGGACGCCCUGAGCUCGGAGUGCGGCGGAGAUUUUAAGCGCCUCCUGCUGGCCAUCCUGCACUGAGUUCCCUCUUCAGACAGGCCUGAAAGAGUCCCACCACUGACCAACAUGACCACGAGACCUUCUCACCAACACUGCCUGAUGUCAACACUAACUAUGCACUCAGUCUGAACCUCGUCCACAGAACACUCCCUUCAGUUUCCUCAGACCACCGUUCAAAAGUCUGAAUCACUUCUCAUACACAGUCGUAUGCAGAUGUUUGUGCACCCCGGUCAAAUGACAUGUUUUAUUGAUUUUUUAAGUGUAAAUAAGUGAACACAUCCUCUACAGAGAACACACUACUGCACACUUUAAUAUAC